AUGGCAUCUAUCGGAGACUUCGAUCCGCUUCAGGCUACUGUCCCCGCCACCAAAAUCGAGAUCACCGUGUCCUGCAGGCACCUUCUUGAUGUGGAUACCUUCUCAAAGUCCGAUCCCGUUGUUGUGCUUUUUAUUCAAGGAAUUGGAAGCAAAGAAUGGCGGGAGUAUGGAAGGACUGAAGUAAUUGAAAACACACUGAACCCAGAUUUUGUGCGCAAGUUCGUCCUGGAUUACUUCUUUGAAGAGAAGCAGAAUCUGCGUUUUGAUGUGUACAAUGUGGACUCAAGGAGCACAAACAUUUCAAAACAUCCAGCAGAUCUUCUAUUUACUGAUUUCCUUGGUCAAAUUUUUGUCACUCUGGGAGAAAUUAUUGGAUCUGCAGGCAGUCGUAUUGAGAAAUCACUAACGGGCCUCCCUGGCAAAAAAUGUGGAACACUGAUCUUGUCUGCUGAAGAGCUGAGCAACUGUCGGGACAUUGCAACCAUGCAGCUCUGCGCUAAUAAGCUGGACAAAAAAGAUUUCUUUGGGAAAUCAGAUCCAUUUUUGGUCUUUUAUCGGAGCAAUGAAGAUGGAACGUUUACCAUCUGCCACAAAACAGAAGUGGUGAAGAAUACACUGAACCCAGUCUGGCAACCAUUCACCAUCCCAGUGCGAGCGCUGUGUAAUGGGGAUUAUGACAGAACAGUGAAGGUGGAUGUCUAUGAUUGGGAUCGGGAUGGCAGCCAUGAUUUCAUUGGGGAGUUCACCACAAGUUACAGAGAAUUGUCCCGGGGCCAAAGUCAGUUCAAUGUCUAUGAGGUUUUAAAUCCAAAGAAAAGGGGGAAAAAGAAGAAGUAUAUCAAUUCUGGAACGGUGACACUUCUUUCUUUCAAAGUGGAAUCCGAUUUCACAUUUUUGGAUUACAUUAAGGGCGGAACUCAGCUAAAUUUCACCGUGGCAAUAGAUUUCACUGCAUCUAAUGGAAAUCCUUCACAGCCCACUUCCCUUCACUACAUGAACCCAUAUCAGAUGAAUGCAUAUGCCAUGGCAUUAAAAGCAGUUGGAGAGAUCAUUCAGGACUAUGAUAGUGACAAGCUCUUUCCAGCAUUAGGAUUUGGAGCGAAACUACCGCCAGAUGGGAAAGUAUCCCAUGAGUUUCCACUGAAUUCAGAUCCAGAGAACCCAAACUGCAAUGGGAUUGAUGGGGUUUUGGAGGGAUAUUACCAGAGCCUGCGUAGAGUACAACUUUAUGGACCAACCAAUUUUGCACCAGUCAUCAAUCAGGUUGCCAGGUGUGCAGCACCAGUAACUGACGGCUCUCAGUAUUUUGUGCUAUUGAUUAUCACAGAUGGGGUGAUCUCAGAUAUGGUACAGACUAAAGAAGCCAUUGUUAAUGCCUCAAUCCUUCCAAUGUCGAUAAUUAUUGUUGGAGUGGGACCUGCAGAGUUUGAUGCUAUGGAGGAACUGGAUGGAGAUGAAAUUCGGAUCUCCUCUAGGGGGCGUAUUGCAGAACGUGACAUUGUCCAGUUUGUCCCAUUCCGUGAUUAUGUCGAUCGAUCUGGAAACCAGGUUUUGAGUAUGGCUCGACUUGCCAAGGAUGUUUUAGCAGAAAUCCCGGACCAGCUGCUCUCCUACAUGAAGACAAGAGACAUAAAGCCACGGCCAGCACCUCCCUCUUACACAUCUGCCUCACAACAGUCAUUUCAUACGAGGAUCUGAGGAAAUUCACUCUCUCCUCGAUCAG